CCGUGCUGAAGAGCACGGUUCCUCCCACGGAGAACUGUUCGCUCGCGGCCGUCAUGGCGCUCCUCACCUCUACCCGAUAUGCGCGAGGAGGACAAGGACGAUGAUCUCAUCCUGUUUAGCAUAUACUGAGAAGAUUUUGGUAGAAGAAAAUGUGAGCAUGCAAAAGAAGGAAAGGGUGGCUAGAAUAAAGAAAGAGCUCCAAGAGCCUCAAUGGUUACCAUCCCCAUACGACACAGCAUGGGUGGCAAUGGUGCCCUCGCAAGGUAUCCCUCAGGCUCCAUGCUUCCCUCAGUGUGUUGAAUGGAUAUUGCAAAACCAAUAGGAUAAUGGAUCUUGGGGUAUCAGAAAAUAUGACUCGUCAAACGACAAGUGUAGUCUCUUAUCCACAUUGGCAUGCAUUCUUGCACUUAAGAAAUGGAAUGUUGGUCCCGAGCACAUCAGCAGAGGACUACAUUUUAUUGGCAGAAAUUUCUCGAUUGUUAUGGAUGAGCAGAUUGAUGCUCCUGUAGGCUUUAAUGUUACUUUUACUGGUAUGAUUACCCUAGCCAAUUCCAUGGGUUUGGAAUUUCCCGUGAAACAAACUUAUGUUGAUGACAUUCUUCACAUCCGGCAGAUGGAAUUGAAAAGAUUUGCUGAGGAUACAUCUUAUGGUAGAGAAGAAUACAUGGCUUAUGUUGCUGAAGGGUUAGGAGACAUGUUGGAUUGGAAUGAAGUCAUGAAAUUUCAGAGGAAGAAUGGAUCAUUGUUCAACUCUCCUUCCGCUACUGCAGCUGCAUUAAUAUACAAUCAUGAUGAUAAAGCCCUCCAAUAUCUAAAUUUGCUAGUUAGUAAAUUUGGUAGUUCAGUACCAACAGUGUUCCCAAUAAAUAUAUACUGCCAGCUUUCGAUGGUGGAUUCGCUUGAAAAGACUGGAAUAUCUCAUCAUUUUUCAACCGAAAUAAAGAGUAUCCUCGACAUGACACAUAGUUUCUGGUUACAGAGAGAUGAGGAAAUCAUGUUGGAUGUAGCAACAUGUGCAAUGGCAUUUCGUAUUUUAAGGAUGAAUGGAUAUGAUGUUUCCUCAGAUGAACUAUCCCAUCUUGCUGAAGCCUCUCGCUUCCGUAGUUCACUUCAAGGGUAUCUGAAUGAUACAAAAUCUUUACUAGAACUACAGAAGGCUUCAACAGUUAGUGUUUCAAAAAAUGAAACGAUCCUUGAUAACAUAGGCUAUUGGUCAAGCAACUUCUUAAAGGAAAAGAUGAGUUCUAAUGAUGUGGAUAUAGUUCCGGUCUUCACAGAGGUGGAGUAUGCUGUCAAGUUUCCAUUUUAUGCCACAAUGGAACGUCUAGACCACAGGAGGAGUAUUGAACAUUUUGAUGCUCAGGGUUAUCAGAUGUUCAAGACAUCGUACUUGCCAUGCCUUGCUAACAAAGACCAUCUUGCUUUGGCUGUUGAAGAUUUCACCUUCUCUCAGUUUGCUUACCAGGCUGAACUUGCGCAUGUUGAAAGUUGGGUGAAAGAGAACAGGAUAGACCAGCUACAAUUUGCAAGACAGAAGCAGGCAUAUUGCUACCUCUCUGCUUCUGGCACCAUGUUCACUCCGGAACUAUCUGAAGCUCGCAUUUCAUUUGCCAAAACUUCCGUUCUCAUAACUAUUGUUGAUGACUUCUUCGAUGUCGCGGGAUCAACAGAAGAAAUAGAAAAUCUGAUAUCAUUAGUCGAAAAGUGGGAUGAGCACCAAGAACUUCAAUUUUACUCUGAGAGUGUAGAAAUAUUAUUUUUUGCUAUCUAUACUACAGUGAAUCAGCUCGGGGAAAGCGCUUCUGCGCUACAAAACCGUGAUGUUAGGAAGCACAUGAUAGAAUUGUGGAUAGAAACAUUGAGGUCCAUGUCAGCUGAGGCAGAAUGGGUGACGAGUCAGUAUGUGCCGACAAUCAAUGAGUACAUGACAAAUGCAAAUCUCUCAUAUGGACUGGGGCCUAUUAUACCCGCGUCAUUGUACUUUGUCGGGCAAGAGCUUUCGGAGUCGGUUGUCAGAGAUCAAGAGUACAAUGAAUUAAUCAGGCUAAUGAACAUCUGUUGUCGUCUCCUGAAUGACAUUCAAGGAUAUGAGAGGGAGGGCAGCCAGGGAAAAGUGAAUAGUGUCUCACUACUUGUUCUUCACAGUGGUGGUUUCAUGUCCUCAGAAUCAGCUAAAAAGACGAUUGAGGAGUAUAUAGCUUCAUGUCGGAAAGACUUGCUGAGGUUGGUUCUAAAGGAAGACAGUGCUGUUCCUAGGCCAUGCAAGGAGGUGUUUUGGAAGAUGUGCAAGAUAAAUCACUUGUUCUACUCUCAGACUGAUGGAUAUAGCUCUCAAAAAGAAAUGGUUGGUGCAGUGAAUGCCGUUAUCUACGAGCCUCUCAAACUCCAAACUAGCGAUCCAUCUUUGACUGUUAAAUCAGAACACUAAGGGUUCCUAAAGGAUCACAAGCUUUCCUUGAUA